AUUAAAAUGAAUAUUUUGACUUUUUUUCUGUUUAAGUUUGCAUGUUAGACUGUUGAGAAGUUAGGCUUUAUUAUUAUUGUUAUAUUAUUAUUAUGAUUAUGAUUCUGUCAAUACAAGUAGGCUACUGUAGGUGCAGACUUUGUGAAAAUGGCGUCUGAUAUUGGCUGCCUUCAGAAUCGCAGCUGUGCUCUCAGUGACCACAACAACAACAACAUCAUCAGAGGAGCUGUGUGAUUCCUCUCCAGAGGAUGGAGACCUCCAGCUCCGCCGCAGCCGCAGCAUCAGGACCAGCGUCGGACAAGAAGAAAACACACACAAGCCGCCGCCGUCAUCAUCAUCAUCAUCAUCAUGAUGGGAAACUACGGCCGAUCUGCUGCAGAUGUUUCUAACGAACGAGGGCGAUGAUGAACAUGUUCGCGGAGACCAGGAGACAUGAUCGCUUUGCACUUCUUUACCGCCCGUUUACUAUCGAAGAAGAAGAAGUGACCUUCUCUGAGGAGGAAGAUGUCAGCGCUGAAAAAGACCAGAAGUUUCCACCGUGGUCCCCGUCUCGAAAGUUCAAUGAAGGCAGACGCCUCCCUCCAGCCAGGAACAUGAAGGGCUUAUCGGGCAGCCGUUCCCAGCACCAGAUCCCUUUACCCUACGGCUUGGACUAUGACCCCCACGUCCACGACCUCCACGCUCACCAUGGCGCCGAGUCCCGCCACUCGUCCUACCUGCUCAGUCCCACGGAGAGCUGCCCCAUGGACUUCCACCACCGCUACUCGCCGCGCAGCUCCAUCCACUCUGACUGCAUGAUGAUGUCCCCCGUCAUGAUGCCCCCAGUUGCGGUGUCUGACCACAUCUCCAGCAGCACCUUCCCCAGAAUGCACUACAGCUCUCAGUAUUACGACUCAGCCACACGGGACGACUGCGCUGCCAUCACAGCCUCUGCCACCUCCCCGGCCGUCGCUGCCGCUGCGGCCGCGGCGGCCGCCUCCUCCCAUCUCGCCGGCACCAAGAGCAACCGCCUUCCCGCUAACCUACUAGACCAGUUUGAGAAACAACUGCCACUACACCGCGAUGGCUUCCACACGUUACAGUACCAGCGCACCUCCACCACCACUGAGCAACGCAGCGAGAGUCCUGGCCGCAUCAGACACCUUGUUCAUUCUGUCCAGAAGCUCUUCACCAAGUCCCACUCCCUGGAGGGAUCAUCCAAGAUGAAUGGCACAAAGGGUGAUAUGAUGGGAGGCGGAGGGGGUUAUCACCAUCACGGCCACCACUCCACCAAACACGGUAGCAAGAGGAGCAAGAGCAAAGAACGCAAGCAACGCUCCGGCGGCUGGUGGAGCUCCGACGACAACCUGGAUAGUGACAGCACCUACCGCACACCCAGUGUCAUGUCGCGGCACCACGGGGAACACGUCAGCCACUGCUACCCAGAUUCCAUGCACAGCCACCACUUUGGAGACCUGUCACUCAAGACCUCGAAGAGUAACAAUGAUGUCAAGUGCUCGGCCUGCGAGAGCAUGGCCAUGGCGCCCGAGGGCAAAUUCAUGAAGAGGAGCUCCUGGUCGACACUGACAGUCAGCCAGGCCAAGGAGGCCUACAGGAAGUCAUCGCUUAAUCUAGAGAAACCCAUGAUGCACCCGGACCACAAGCCUUCAUUGCGGACAUGUCACUACCUGCAGGUGCCCCAGGAUGAAUGGAGUGGAUACCCAGGCGAGAAGGAUGAGGAGAUCCCGUGUCGGCGGAUGCGCAGCAGCAGUUAUGUCAAAGCUAUGGGAGAGGUGGAUGAUGAAAGCGGUGACUCUGACGCCAGCCCUAAGACCUCCCCACAGAAGGCCGUUCGGCCUGAUGCUCUCGUCCUCAAAUCAGCCAUGCAGAGACCCCAUUUAGACUCCCAAAGCCAGGGCUACCAUUUGCAAACCAGAGAAAUGCGACCCCACCCUAGUGUCACGCUGGACCCUGCCGCCUUUCACCCCCCGCCCUUCCGCUCUCGCAACCAGAGCUACAUGCGCGCCGUCAGCACCCUCAGUCAGGCUAGCUGCGUCAGCCAGGUGAGUGAGACUGAGAUCAAUGGCCAGUUUGAGUCAGUUUGCGAGUCCGUUUUUAGUGAAGUAGAAUCCCAGGCCAUGGAAGCCUUGGACCUCCCUGGUUCGUUCCGCACUCGAAGCCACAGUUACCUCCGUGCAAUUCAGGCUGGUUAUUCCCAAGAUGACGACUGCUUGCCUUCAAUGACAUCCUCCACUGUCACUUCAACUCUCAGAUCCACAACAGAGGGAUAUGAUGUUGUGGAUGGGAUCUCUUUACUAAAUGACGACAUGAUAGAGGAUGAUGACGGUGCUAGCUCCUCUGCCUAUGUGGAGCUGGAGAGGCUGGAGAGAGAGACUGCUGCUGCUCGCAGCCACCACAGUACUAGCUCCACCGUAACAGCCAUCUCCGUCCCACCGGCAUCCCCGCCUUCAUACAGGGUCCCUUCUGCCUCACCCAUAGCCUCUGAGCAGCCGGUCCCUCAGGCCAUUCAGGCCUUUAAAGAGUCUGCUAACAUGGUCGCUGCCUUCAACAUGCAGUGGAAGGAUGAAAUCUCAGCGAUGCGCUAUGAACUGGCGGAGCUGCGCAGAGACGUCUGUGGGGAAUUGAAGACUUUCAACAGCAACUUCUUCAACUUUACUCAGUGCUACAACAUGUGGACUUUGUGCCGGGAGCCUUGCAGCGACAGCACCACACAAACGGACGACAGAGUGUCCGUAGGAAUCCAAGCAGGCUCAAGUUGGUCUAUUCGACAGAAUAAAGAGGACAAGUCAGUGAUGUGCCAACCAGAGCCAGCACCUUUCAGCAUUAUGGAUUUGAUGGACACGCCCCGAAUUGAGAUUAUAGAGGGAACCCCUGAGAGCACGCCAGAGGGGUCAGGCAGCCCUGCCAGCCCACUUCCAAUAGAGGAUUUCCCAUGGGAGAUCACCAAAAGGCAAAAGGCCCAAAAGCAGUCAGACACAGUUGGCCACACAGGUGGUCACAGAAGCGCCAGUCUAGAACUGUGGAGCAGGAAGUACACCAGUGGGCCCAUGUCAUAUCUGUCUAUGUCAUUCUAAUCAUUCCCAUUCUACGCAUACUGUAAAAUGAGAUGAGGAAGCCAGGGUAAAAAACCUUGACAUUUACCAGGAAAGGCAGGGCAGAGCUGUUGUUAGAUGUCCCUUUACUCUAUGCAGACACCGAGUCUGUUGUCUCUUGAACAGGUUACAAUGUUGUUCAAGCAAUCUUUUAACAAGUGUCUUGGUUAGCCAUGGAAUAAAAGAGAGUGACUCUGUUUUACACCAGAAUGAGGUGACAUAAGAAUGUGAGAGAGAAUGUGGCUGAUGCUCAGAUCCUCAAGUGCCAACAAAGUGCAGCAUCAUCUUCCCUCCGCUGUCUUAAACACCCAAUCUUCAGAGAAAAAGUCACUCCAAGUAAAUAUGAUCGGAAAUCUGAGGGUCAUUUAAUGAUAAAACUCAAUAAUCAGCCAUUGUAAGGUGAGGCAUACGUUGGUCUAGCUCAUGUUCAUUCCAGUUUCUCUUCCUGUAGAAACAUUCUCUUAAGCACCUGAGUAUACUGAAAAAAUACUGUGAAUAACUUUAUAAACCCUAGUUUUUUAAUGAAUGCAUCAAAGAUGAAUACAUUAUUUAUGAAUAUAUUGAUAUAUGAUUUACUUUUGAGUUAUUCUAAUCAAAGCAUUCCUUUCCCAUGGCCUUCAUCCAGUCUGUAGCCAGUUCCAGUUGAAAUGGGCAUUUUGAAGAUUUCCAAGUUAUAAAAGCUUUCUUAAUAGCGAACUGGUGAACCACACAGCAUAAAGAAGUAAUAAUAUGAUAAAAAAAAGAUGACAACAAUCUAUAAUGGAAUUUGAGAAAGCCUAAUCCUUUGGACUACUGUAUGGAUGACACUGUCUCAAGGCUUUGUGGACUUAGUCCCAGCUGGCUAAAAUUGUUUACGAUGAAUCAUCUGUGACUUAUUAGUCGAACAGCAUGUGGAGAGGAAACAGUAAGAGAGAGGAAACAGCGAUCGAGAAGUAUGAAUGUAUCGGCUUCAGUUCAUUCUUGCACAAACUGCAUUCAUGUUCAAAACUCUGUAUAUGUAUAUAAAUGUACCAUUUUGUAUAUAGAGAAACUUAUAUUCAAUACUUGUACUGUUAGCAGUUAUAAACAUGCUCAUUUCUGACAGCGCUGAGAGGGGUUGUAGUAGUAAUUGUGGUUCUAAACCAAACACAGCACUUUUUCCAGUCUUCGAGGUCUGUCUUCAUUUAUUUCCAUCAUGUUCAUCAUCCAGCUGUUUGUGCUCCUCAUAAUGAAGUUGGUAGUUCAUACCGGUGUUUCGCCUAUUGUUUUUCUUGCAGUGGUGACUGGAGGUUCUUAAAUAUGUGGUUACCUGUCCAUUUUUAUUUUAGAAGAAAAGGGAAUAACAUACUGAAUUUGUUGUUUUUUGGUACAUUAUGUUAAGAGAUUUGGACUACCAUAUUCACCUUUUUUAAAUGCCACAUUUCUCUAGUAAUGGUGGACUUUUUUCAUGCUGGGGUGGUUCAUCACUGCUGAAAGAUAACAGAGAAACAUUGGUCCCUAUAAGUAGACAAUCAGAGCCACUGAGGGCCUCUACCUCUCCGACAUGUCCCCAGAGGUGCAGUAUAGUACCGCUGAAUGUACUAACACCGCCUCACUAGUGAUGGCUUAGCUGGGCUCCUGUCAAACCAUAACGGGUGGGAGCCCUCAAUCAUCUGCUAUAUUUUGGCCGAUUGCUCAUUUUGUCUGUUAAUCAUAAAAAAAUAGUUGCUCAUUAGCCACUGGCAUUCCCCUCAACCACUCAUCUGGUCCAUUGUCCCAUUGUACCAACAUGGCGUACCAAAGUUACUGUAACACUGAGGCAAUGGAACUGAGGCCAACAACAAACAUCUCCAAGCUUGACUUAUCUUUGGACCAUCACUGCAGCACAGGACCAUGGGAAGCCUGUAUGUAACAGACCCCUGACUGAAAUGUGAACCUUUUCGAAAGGACUUUAAAUAAAGGAGAGGCAUCGUCUCUCACUUUAUUAAGAGAGUGGAUCUUCUUCCCCCCCUUUGCACGGCCAAAAGACAAUACUUGCAGAAAAAAGUGGCAUUUUGAAAAGAUGAUAUUCAUAGAAAGGUUGUACUAGAGGUAAGAUCAAAAUUAAAGUUGAAGCCACAGAAGAAGAAAAAGGCAGACAUUUCCUUUCAUUGCAGUAGCUCCGCCCCACAUAUACUGUUACAGUAACUCAUUAAACAUGAGCUUAAAACUAGCUAAAUGCUUCAUAUUGCCUUGUUGAUCUAAUAUAGUGUUACAGAGGAACACUAUAUUAUUAAGGCAUGUUUUGCUGGUAAUUUUUUAGCAGCAUCUCCAUUACUCUUGAGGUUUUGGUACAACAAAUAAUAGGUAAAAGAAAUAAAUAAGUUCCACUGUAUUGUUGCCAUUCUCCACUAUUUGCAAUACAGAAUAAUAAUUUUAAAAAGAUUAUAACCUAUUUUAUUGUUGUUAUGAACCCAAACAAAACCAGUUUUGAGUUCCUCAUCACACCGGCCAAAGGCUGGGUUAGCAUAAACCAUAAGGGAUUUCAGUGAAAGGCAUAUAACUGUGACAUUUAGCCUAUAACCAUUUUAAUAUAUGAUAUAUAUGUAUACAGUAUAUAUGACUCUUUUUUUUUGGGAAAGGCUUGUAUUCAUAUUUUUGCUUUCCGAAUGAUUAAGAGGGGAUUGCAGUGGCAUUCCUUACUUACAUCUUUCCCCAUUGUUUGGGGAAUGUAAACUAAUUUAAAGGUGCUGAAGACUGGCCAAUCAUGAUGUCUCCAAUCUACAUCCAUUCAUUCUAUGCAACUCCUUUGUUCUUCGUUGUAUUCUUACGACAUCUAAAUAUUUGCGGUUAUAGAUAUUAGCUGUUUAUGUUGAGCCUUCAUGCAAGUCAUCAAUGCCGGAAAUGGAAUGAUGUUUUCAGAAAAUAUUGGUGGCCCUUUUAUUUUAAUUUAAUUUGAUAUAUUUUUGCAUGAGCUAGGGGCCACACUAAAGGUUGUUUUUUUUAGUGUUUCCUGGCAGACAGUUGUUUAAUUCAUAUUUCUCCCAUUUUAGCUUAUAUGUAUACUAGAAUCAAAGAGUUUAAUGGUGAGAUUCUUGCUUAGUGGUAGCAACCGUGUGCUUUGUGACAUCAUAUACAAAAGAAAUGAACAAUCAUAAGUGCCAUCAAUUUAUUUACUGACUACAGCAAAAUUAGAAAACAAAGCCUGUGAUAAUAAUAAUUGGAAAUGCUGUACAAAUGCUUAACAUUCUUCUAAAUUUAUAUCCAAUUGAACUUGCAAACUGGUGAUUUAUCGAUCCCAGGGAACUCACCCGUGCUAUAAAUAAGUUUAAUCUAGUGUGUCGCGAUCAUUUCAUCAUUUAGCCCAAAGAAAUUACCCUUCCCUUAAAACAAGUUGAAAUGUAGCAAAAAUACAGAUAUUGAUCAGAGUACUAUUUUAAAAAUAUAUACAUGAAAGAUGUACAUUUAACAAAGACUGAAGAGGAAAUAGACAAAGGGUAUUUAAAAUUAUUUUUGAACCAUGCAACCAUAUUUUGUCUAAUGAAAUAUAUAAAUGAAAAGUGUCUAUCUUAUAUGUUACAGUAUGUAGUCGAUUACCCCAUGAGUUUUUGUUUACAUUUUGUUGUCAUCCAGAGAUCUGAUGCAACAACUGUGCCAACUCUCUGACGUCCAGCUAUAAGGACAAAGGUUUUUGGAUGGAAUCUGAUCUCACCUGAACCUGUAACACUGCUUGAAUAUAAAUCCUUUUCUACCCCUACGUCCUCUUCCUGCAUUUAUUCAAGGUGUUCUUGGAGAAAACAUGCUACUCUGUUUUGCAUCGAUCAUGUUGCAAUUUUCAGGGAAUCUCAGACUGAAUUGUUUCGUGAAUCUGACUUUGUCAACGUUAUGAAGCACCUUUUGAAAACAAUAGUUUAGCCUGCAUUUGUUAGCUUAUGCUUCUUAUUUUGUUAAAAGAAUGAAAACCGUAUGUGAUACUUUUGCUUUUUUUUUUUUUUUUUUUUUGGCUUAUUGUGGUGUUUCUUGUGAAUUUUCAUUUACAACUUUUAUUGGCCUUAUGUAUUUUUCAUAAAUUGAUAUAAAACAAUGGAUUAAAAUGUU